UGUUUUCUCAUGAAUUUAAGUGUGGAACUGCUUUUUUUGAUGGGACAUCCAGAUAUGUUCUGAUUUUCAUUUUCAAAGAAUCAGUCAUUUUUGGUGAACUUCCGUAGAGGAGUUGGCUGUCUGUCCAUACUCACCAGGGAAUCAAACAACUUGGUUCAGCCAAGAUUCUACAAAUAAUUUCAAUGUAUGGUCCGACUUAGGUAUAAUAUAUAUAUAUUCACUCACAGAUACGGAGAUAUCCCCUUGCUCAAGGCAAUAUGGAUCAUCGACGUGAAUUGCUGUAAUUCUAGUGUACGAGUGUUCUAGAUUGACAGGUCCAACAAAAAUAACAUGUUUGUUAUCUAGUAAGAGAGCUGGUAUGAGUCUAAAUCCGGUGCCCUGAACCCCAACCUGAAUUUGAUUUGUUUGACAGUAUCCCAUUCUAAGGAUUCUAAACUCAACGCAUGCUUCACCUGCCCGGAUCAUUAUUGGCUGAUAGUGAGUCGGCAACACUCGUCAUUGUGAUUAGAAUAAGUUCCAGAUCAUGAUUGGCUGAGUGGGAGUCGGCAGCAAUUGUCAAUUGUGAUUAGUAUAAUAUGUUCAUACAAAUGGGGGUUCAUAUUGAUGAAAUGAAAUCAUGUCUACAUUUGACAUUUUUGAUCAGUUGCACUAACUUAAUUACAAACUUGGCGGAAACUGCGAUAAAAUAGCUUAUCAUCAGCCGUCCGAUUAAGGAAUUGCAAUAAAAGUGAGAAGGAUUCCCGAGAUUUUGGACCAGCUUAUCUUUAUUUCAUUUUGUACAAGCAACUAAAAACAACGCUUUCUAGUAGUAAUCAAUCUGCUUGUGCAUAGUUUUGUCAUGUUGAUUGUUUUUAGCUAAGGGUUGAGGUUGAGGUUUGAUCUACACGUUCUGAAAUGGCAUAUAGUCCUGCAAGGUAUUAUAUGCCAACCCAAGAGCCAACAAAAACAUAUUGAGCUACUAGCGUCGAUAUUUCCCAGACUCCCCCAUUUAUACUGAACUUCCACUCUCUUUAAUCUGUACUCUGCAAACUCUUUCUCAUACAAACGAAGCCUCCAAACCAUGAACUCCCUUUUCGCAGUUUUCCUCUUCCUCAUUCCCAUAUUCCUUCUCCUUACGAGAAGAAAAAAGUCAUCCGAUAGACUUCCGCCGGGAUCAUUAGGACUACCGCUGAUAGGCCAGAGCCUUGGUCUUCUCCGAGCCAUGCGUGCCAACACUGCUGAGAAAUGGCUUGAACGAAGGAUAAAAAAAUAUGGUCCAGUUUCGAAGCUAAGUCUCUUUGGCAAGCCAACAGUCUUCAUCCACGGGCAAGCUGCAAACAAGUUCGUAUUCACCAGUGACGGGAGCACCAUUUCCAGCCAACAGACUGAGUCUAUUCGUAGGAUUUUGGGGGAACGGAGUAUAUUUGAGCUGAGUGCCGAGGAUCACAAGCGUGUAAGGAGUGCUCUUAUGCUGUUUUUAAAGCCCGAGUCACUGAAGCAAUAUGUGGGGAAAAUGGAUGAAGAAAUCAGGGAGCACCUUGAAAUGCAUUGGCAUGGAAAACAACAAGUAACAGUCUUGCCCCUGAUGAAGAACCUCACGUUCAACAUAAUAUGCUCUCUACUUUUUGGGCUUGAACGAGGAACCCGCAGAGACGAAUUCGUGGAGUGUUUCCAAACAAUGAUAGAAGGAAUGUGGUCAGUGCCGGUUAACUUUCCCUUCACGCGUUACAACAGCAGCCUCAAGGCAAGCAAGAGGGUUCAAAACAUGAUCAAGCAACUUAUACGUGAAAAGAGGGUAGAGCUUCAGCAAAAAAAAGCUUCUCCACAACAAGACCUCAUCACUUGCUUCCUCAGCAUCCGAAAUGGUGAAGGCAAAGAAGAAUUAACAGAAUUGGAGAUGGUGCACAAUGUCAUGGUAGUCAUGGUUGCAGGACAUGACACUUCAUCUGUUCUGAUUACGUUCCUUUUGCGGCUUCUAGCUAAUGAACCAGUUGUUUAUGCAUCCCUUCUUCAAGAGCAGGAAGAAAUAGCUAGAAGCAAAUUGGCAGGAGAGUUUCUAACAUGGGAAGACCUUGCCAAAAUGAAAUACACAUGGAGAGUAGCACAGGAAACUCUGAGGAUGACUCCUCCUGUCUUUGGUGGCUUCAGGAAUGCUAUCAAAGAUAUUGAGUUCGGUGGAUUCCUCAUACCUAAAGGGUGGCAGAUAUUCUGGGUUGCUCCUAUGACCCACAUGGACGAUAGCAUAUUCCCAGAGCCAUCAAAGUUUGAUCCAAGUAGGUUCAACAAGCAAGCAUCAGUUCCGCCCUACUGCUUUAUACCAUUUGGAGGGGGACCUCGAGUAUGUCCAGGAUAUGAGUUUGCCAGGAUCGAAACCCUUAUUGCAAUGCACCAUAUUGUAACUCAAUUCACCUGGAAGCUAAAUGCAGACAAUCACUUCAGUAGGGAUCCAAUGCCAGUCCCUACUGGAGGACUUCCUAUUGAAAUCAUGCCUAGAACAUGAUUUGGAACACUGAAGUGCUUUACCAACUCAAAAUGUUCAGAACAUGUGGCCAGAGUGUUGUAACAUAUUGAUUAUAUAUAAUUAUAUGAUUACGGAACUGUUCAAAAAUUUCAAUGAAGCCCUCCUCCCCAAGCUGCUACUGCUUUUUUUUCUAGAUCUGGUCGUCUGUUAGACCUGCAAUUAGCUUAGUUUUUUUUUUUUAUGCUGUUUUGGGUCUUCUUAAUUGUAUCCUACAGUCUAAAAUAUUUUGAAAAAUAUAUGUAUGUCACGUUAACAUACACUAGAAUUUCCUCAUGUGCUGU